GUCACUGAGCCAGCCCCCGGGGGAAAACCGAGUGCUCGGCUCCUGCCGGGGCACAGCCCGGCCCGCGCUCGCCCUGCUGCCACGGAGGAUGCUGAGGGGCCAUGGUCCCCUGUGCCACCGCCCUGGCGCUGUGCCUGGCACUGCUCCUCCCCUGCCCGACCCACGGUGAGGAGCUGGAGAAGCCCCGGGCCGUGCGCUUUGCUGCGGAGGUGGCGUGGCACCUGCUGAGGUGGGAGCCGGGGCACGGCUGCCCCAGCAAUGCCAGCUACGACGUGGAGUACAAAGUCUAUGGCUCAGUUGUCCCCUGGACAGCCAUCCCAGAGUGUGGGAAGAGCUCGGAGCACUCCUGUGACCUCACCUACUACACCCUGGACCAGGAGCAGCGCUACUUCGCGCGGGUCAGGGCCGUGUCCGGGAACCUCACGUCCCCCUGGGAGAGGAGCAGCGUCUUCUCCCCACAGGAAGCUGGCCUGCGCCUGGCGAGCCAGAGCCUCUCCGUGACGGGCAACUCCAUCCAGGUGCGGCUGCAGCUGCUCCUGCACCGCGGGAACAUCACCGUGGAGUACACAGACUUCCAGAAGAAAAUGACCCAGUACCACGUGUACGUCAGGAGGUCACGGGACAACCACACGUUCACAGUGGUGAAGAGCAGCCCAGAGUUCACCCUGGGGGAGCUGCUGUGGCUCACAGAGUACUGCCUGAGCGUGGAGCCCGGCAUGGCCAACAGGCCCGUCCCCACCAUGCGCACCGACGAGCAGUGCGUCACCACCGGCCACAGGGACAGGAGCGCAGAGCUUCUCCCGGGCAUCCUCAGCUCCUCCUUCCUCACCCUGUUUUUGCUGGGCCUCCUGGGGGCUCUGCUGGCGUGUACCUAUGUAAGGAAACCCGUGAGGACACCGUCAGUCCUGAAGUCCUUCAUGAAGCAGAGCUCGCUCUGGGUGGAGCAGGAGCCCCCAUCCUCGGGCAGCCUGGAUGCAGACCCCACGCAGCAGCUCUUCCUGUGCCAGAAGGAGCCCCGGCUGGACAGCAGCCCCGACAGCAGCACCAGCACAGCCCAGCUGCCCCUGGAGCAGGGCUGGAAGCUCCCAGCAUGGCCCAAGGACCAGCUGUGCCUGCUGGGGCCCACGGGGAGCAGAGACAGCAGCGGCACCAGCACUGACAGCGGCAUCUGCCUGCACAUCCCCUCCUCCUCCUCCUCCUCCUCAUCCCUGAGCUGCUCCACGGGCCCCGAGCCCCAGGGCUACAGGCAGCAGCUGCCCAAGGCUGAGGACAGCGGGGUGGGCUUGGGGAGCCCCUGCCCUGCUCCUGGCUGCUCCUCUGGCAGUGGGAAUGCCAGCCCAGGGGAGCCCGGGCUCUGCCAGGAAGAUGUGGAGUUCCGGGGGUACCUGCAGCAGUCCAAGGGCAGCGGGGAGCCAGAGCAGGCCCCGGGCAAGGGAGUGCCCCUCUCGGGCUGUGCAGGGUCCGUGCAGGGCCUGGGCAGCACCGACACCGUGCUGGACAUGGAGUGCUCCGAGCUGGCUGUGUCCAAAGGGUACCUGAAGCAGCCCUCGCCCGAGCAUCCCCUCACACAGGACCUCGCUCCAUGGGGAGCCCCUGAAUGGGAUUUCUCCAGCCAGGUGGGGCCCCAAGCCCCCACUCUGCUGAGCUGGGCAGCUCCAGGUGAUCCACUGACCUCCAAAGCCAGUCCUGACCUGAAAACUCCCUUCAACCUGAACAUCUUCAACAACACUGCCUUCCUGGGGACAGCCUCUGUGUCCAGCCUCAGCUCCAGCUGGAUCACACUGCCCAUCACGCCCCUGAGCUGGCUCAGCAGGGACAGCAAGGACAGCUGCCUGUGACCUGUCCCCUGGGGACCACAGCCCUGCGCUCUGACCCAACUACCUCGUCUGCCACUGGAUAAGCUACCCCCGACCCCUGAAUGUUCACAGUGCCAGGCCCAGCACGGCCCAGGAGCACCAGCUCAGCCACUGGUGGGGCUGCUUUGGCCCCAGUCCUGCUGUGGGCACCCCCAGUGAUCCCUCCAGCCAGUCCAGCUAACGGGAGACAGGGAUACACACCGGCCAUCUCUGCCUUGUCUGCCCAGCAUGGGCUCAGGGCCAUCCUCAGGGCCUGGGGCAGUCCUGUGCUUUCACUUCCCCCUUUCCUGGGCCAGCUGGGCUCCUCCUGCUGAUGCCCACACUUGUGAUGCCCUCCCAACCUUUCACAACACAGAGGCCGAAAGCAGACGUCAGCCUGACAUCAGCACCCUGCAGCACGGGGCUGCUGCCCUGCCUGACCCCACAGGGAUGGGCCGAGACACUUUCCUGACCCUGCAGAGACCCUUCAGCAUCCAGCCCCUUUGGGACAGCCCCAGCACAGGAUAUGGGAUGCACCUACGAGCCCAGCAUGAGCAGGGCACUCCUACCCACACUAUGGUCUGUCUACAGACAUUAUUUAUUGCAUUUCAUUUGUAAAUACAGAAAAAACAUGCUGUUAUUUAUUUGGUCCAUUUGUUCAUCCUCUCCUAAGGCCAAGCUGAGCUUUCUGUUUCUGGAUUUGGACAUUUCCCAUCAGCAAGAGGCAAUUUGCCUCACGUGGUGAAGAGCAUUUCCAUGUCACAGCUGGGAAAAGGGAGAACCAAGCCAGCUCUCCAAGAGCUCCUCACACACCUGAGUUCCUGGGUGGUUUUCCCUGGGGGGUUUGUGGGAACAAUCACCAGAGGAGCAGUAGGGAAAAGGGGCUGGGCUGAUCACAGUGAUUCCACAGGGAUGCACAUCCCAUGGGACAUCACCAGGGAAGGACAGGAGCAGAGCAAGUCAAACCCAGGGGUGGAGGAAAGACAACAGUCAGGGCUCUGCUCAGCAACGUGGUGUUCUGUCAUGGGCUGGGCUCGAUGACCUCUGAGAUCUUUUCCAAACAAACUGAUUCUGUGAUGCCGUGAACAGUUGUCAUCAGAAUGGAAACAGGAUGAGACCGAACAGCUCAGCCUGGGUCACCUGGGUCACAGGGAAGUUUUUCCAAAAGGCACCCCAUUUCUGGGAACCUUCAUGGUGGGAAGUAAAACUGCUGGCAAAAACCCUCCUUGGGGAACGUGGUUUUCAGGUGAAGGGUUUUUGGUUUUAUUUUCAGUUUUUCCAGUGCAGGCAGGA